CUGGAACAACCAAAGUAAUGGAGUGCAGGAACAACAGCAUGAAUAAAUAAUGAUAAGGAUGAUCUGGCAGAAGGUAAUGAAACAGACUUUUAACUGCUGCGGAGGUGAUUGAAUGACACGAGGAGCCGAUCAGGUCACGUGGGCCUGAGCUUUGGACUGUUCCUCUGUGUGACAAAGACUUUGCUCUUUAAUCAACUAAAUGUGAAUCUGCCAAGAUAAAAGGGACAAAAAGCCUCUCAAGUGAGCGCCCACAAAGAUCAUCGACAACAACAGCAACAGUAAAGCACUUAGCAGUGGAAGGACCCAUCUUUGUUUUCUCAAACAUGACAAAUCCAAUGGAGCCACACUUUUUCCUUUGGCCCGGGGAAAAGUGGGGAGUUUUGCUCUGAGAGAAGUACUGAAACCUUUAAAAAACAUCCUCAGAUGUAGUGCCCUGUUGACAUGUUCGGCAUAUCUCAAGGAGCCAUCAUUAAAGAAAUGCAGCAAUCUUAUGAGCAGCCCUCGCCCCACCACCCUUCGUGUAAGUGCUUCACCUCACUUGUAUCUAUUCUCAGUGAUUGAAUUACUACAGGGUAAUGGAAACCAUGUAGAGUGCUGUGGGACAUCCUUUUCCCACACAACAACCGUUUAAUCACAGACAAACAGUGGGCACAGUGCCACAUUAUAUAUCAAUGUCUGUACAUGAGAGAGAGGAGGAGACAGGAAGGCAACAACAAAAAAAGAGACUGACUUUCUGUGUCAUCAGGGGUAAUCUUUGAAACUCUGAAGCGUUUUUUUGUUUUUUUUGUAAUGUAAGCUGAAAAAAAAAAAAACAUAUCCAAGACUGAAAGGCAUUUGCUAGAUACCUACCUGGCAUCAUAAUGGAUCUUAACUGGCACUAUAAAUAUGUAAAGUGAUGAUGAGAUUGGCAUUUUAUUGCCUCCUUUGCUACUUAGACCCCCCUUGUGAGCAUGCUGAUAGACAAGCAUUACCUCAACCCUAUCACCACGCAGUGGACUGUUCGUGUGCAGAAUUAACACACAAAUAACCCACAACCACAGAUGUUUCUCACUAUCAGAUCAGAGGAAACAUCUCCACCACCCUCCCUACCUCUACCAGAUUCUGGGCUUUCCCAGUCACGACCAACAUCUCAUUUUUCACUUCCCAUUUUUUUGUUGUGAGAUCUCCUUUUUGUGAAGCUUUGAUUCCUUUGUCCCGUGAUGUCGUCUCUUUUGAGGGAAGAAAUGCAAAGAGUUUUAUUUCGACCUGCAAAACACAGACUUGUGGAGUUUAUUGAGAUCGAAGAGCCGUUGCCUGGAAGGCAUUUUCUCUGCGUCUCAGUUGGACAGAACAAAGUGGUGCAGUUAAGCAUAGUGCAUUGUCAGAUCUCUAAGACGACCAAAAAAUCUGGAUCCAAGAAGUUGCAAACCCAACGUUCCAGCAUCCAGGAGUGCUACAAGAAGAUAGAGAUAUGGUCUCUGAACGACUUGACUCUUGUUGAUGGACGAGACCCUGAUGUGGAUGACCCCUGCUUCCUGCUGCACUUCGAUAAGGUACGCACAGUGACGGCUAUCACCUGCUCAGCCAAAUACACGAUGGUGCGCGCCCUGGUUGCCCUCUGUGACCGCCACUGUCAGAGGCCGCUGAAUCUGCAGAACUUUGACUUCACUUACAUCAAGCCCACCACCUACUACUACAACAGAGGGGACUGUGUCGUUCUGUCCCAGAUAUGCUUCUAUGCCUGCAAUCUGGUUUGUCUGUCUAUGUGUCCUGUGCCGCUGGAUGCCUAAUGACAUAACUCCUGUGUGUGUUUCUCAAUAGUGUGUGAUCAUUGUUGUGCUGUAGCUAAUAUUCUGUGUGUAAUUCGGGUCAAUAGGAGGUAUGGAGUUUGCUUCAGUUGGGUUUUAAUAAAAUAUCUUGAUUUUUUUUUUUUUCUUUUGGCAUUAAUGCUCUUCUAAGUGAAUGUUCACAACAAACACAAGUUUUAGAUUGAUAUUUCUAAAACAUCUUUUGUACUUUAUUUAUAAGUACCUGAUCCAACAUUCCACUAAAUAUGACAUUCACAGUAAAACAAAAUCAACUGUAGAAGACCAACAUAAUAUUGAAGAGAUUAUUAUGUCUUCUUCUCAUGGUAAAUAAAGAAUCCUGUGCACAUAG